AUGAACAAAUAUUCCACUAUUUUUGAACAAAGAGUGGGAUGCAUUCCAAAUGUUGUUUGUUCACUUAAACUCAAAGAGAAAACCAAACCCAUUUACGUAAGAGAACGAGAAGUCCCAUUUGCACUGCGUGAGAAAGUUGAAAAAGAACUAGAUGAACUCGAAAAUGACGGAAUAAUUUCAAAAGUAAAUACAAGCGAUUGGGGUUCACCGUUGGUGAUAAUUCCAAAACCCGAUGGUAAGGUGCGACUAUGUGUGGAUUACAAAGUUGGUGUAAACCCUCAGCUCGAAACAGCUCAUUAUCCGAUUAAACGAAUCGAUGAACUUUUGAAUCAGUUACGAAAUUCAAAAUAUUUUUGUCGUUUGGAUUUAUACAAGGCAUAUUUACACGUUUUAGUCGAUGAAGAAAGCAAGCAAGUACAAACUAUAUCAACACACAGAGGCACGUAUCGAAUGAACCGUUUAUCUUUUGGCAUUAAAACAGCUCCUAGUGAAUUCAAUAGAAUACUAGACCAAAUACUUCAAGGAUUAGAAGGUACGUUAUCUUAUUUUGAUGAUAUUAUUAUUCAUGGUGCAACAGUUACUGAAUGCAAAGAACGAUUAAUUAAUUGUUUCGAAAAAUUACAAAAGUACGAUUUACAUGUAAACAAAAAUAAAUGUGAAUUUUUCAAAACAGAAAUUCGAUAUUUAGGCUAUGUUAUACGUAAAAAUGAAAUUCUAAAGUCACCAGAUAAAGUUCAAGCUAUUAAAGAUAUGUCACGGCCCAAGAAUUCAGAUGAAGUACGUGCAUUUUUGGGUAUGAUUACUUACUAUUCAAAAUUCAUUCCUGAUCUUUCGACAAUAACUUUUCCUUUGCGACAAUUACCUCAAAAAAAUUAUAAAUUUAAGUGGUCAAAAUCGUGCGAAUUAGCAUUUAUUAAACUCAAAGAGGAAAUUAUGAGCAAUCGUGUAUUAACUCCUUAUGAUCCACAGUUACAGACUACUUUAGCAUGUGAUGCGAGUCCUGUUGGAAUAGCAGCUGUUUUGUCACAGAUUGAUGAGGGUGUAGAACGACCAAUUGCAUUUAUAUCUCGAUCACUAACACUGUCAGAACAAAAUUAUAGCCAACUCGACCGCGAAGCACUAGCUAUUGUUUUUGCCAUUGAUAAAUUUUACAUGUAUCUAUAUGGAAGAGAAUUUAUUUUGAUCACAGAUAAUAAACCAUUAACCAGAAUUUUUCAUCAACAUUCAAAAAUCCCAGCAAUGACAUCAUCUAGACUUCUAAGGUAUGCUUCGUUCCUUCAAGGAUUUAACUACAAAAUUCAACAUAAAAAAGCAGAGGAACAUCUUCAUGUAGAUUGCUUGUCGCGAAACCUUUCAACCGAUUCAUUUCAAAAAUUUAAAUUUUUCCUUGACGACGAAAUCAAAGACCUUCAAGACCAAAUUAUCAAUCAAAUAUCAACCGUGUUGUUAACAGCAACAUCUAUAGCGAAGGAAACAGAAAAAGAUUCAAAAUUGUCGAAACUUAAACAGGAUUUACUUAAAGGCCAAAUAGAAAACCCAGAUUAUUCUUUACAAGAUGGUGUUAUUUUUAAAGGAAAUCGCGUCGUUAUUCCAAACACUCUUCAAGACGAAGUCCUUAAAGAAUUGCAUCGUACUCAUAUCGGAAUUAUGAAAAUGAAACAACUGGCUCGUAAAUAUUGCUAUUGGAAUGGAAUAGACUCAAGCAUAGAAAAACUCGUCAGGUCUUGUGAAAAAUGUGCUCUUUGUAAGAAUAGUCCUCCUCAGAUCACUACUCAUCAUUGGGGUGAACCAAAUGCUAAUUUCGAUAGAGUACAUAUUGAUUACGCUGGUCCAUUGCAAGGUUAUAAUUUCUUCGUUCUAAUCGAUGCAAAAUCAAAGUGGCCAGAAAUCAAAGUUACAAAUUCAGCUCCUACAUCAGAGGUAACUAUCAAAUUUCUUCAAGACAUUGUAGCAACACAUGGUCUACCAAAAGUUAUUGUAUCAGAUAACGCUUCGAUUUUUCAAAGCAAUGAAUUCAAAGCAUACUGUAAGGAAAAUGGUAUAAUGCAAAAAUUUAUAGCGCCAGGACAUCCAGCUACAAACGGGUUAGCCGAACGAUAUAUUAAAACAUUAAAAUCAAAAUUAAACGCGAUGUCAGAAGAAGAAGGCUCAAUACAUAAUAAAGUACGUGAAAUAUUAUAUCGUUAUAGAGCAACACCUUUAUCAAAUGGUAAAAGUCCAGCACAACAAUAUCUUGGAAGAGAGAUGAGAAUCAAAUUAAAUUGCCUACGUCCUGUUAAAUAUGAAAAAUCUUCCAACGAAAAAGUCAACUCAAUUCGAAAUUUAAGUGUGAGAGAUAGAGUUCACUCAAGAUUUUACUCAAACGGAAAGCCAGCUUGGAAAUUUGGAGUUGUUAAGAAAAAGUUUGGUCAACUGCAUUAUGAAAUCGAGCUCGACAAUGGAUAUGUAUUAAAACGCCAUAUAAACCAAUUAUACAAAUCAGAAGUGGUUUUACCCGAAAAGGAAAAUACUAUUCAAGAAGAUCAACCGAAAAGAAGUGAUCCAAGUAUAGAUGAAAUACAAAUUCAAUUUGAGCAAGUUCCAGUAAUUCCAGGAAGUUUUGAAGUUCGAGGACAAUCAGGAAUAGAGACAAUGAACAUUCCUGAAAAUCGAAUACACACAGACAUAGAACCAAGCAACAUUCCUGUUCCAAAUCGAAGAACGAAUAGAAACCGACGGCGGCCAGGAUAUCUUCAAGAUUAUGAAUAA